AUGUCAAAAAAAGAAGCAAUUCUUAAAGAGUCCUUAAAAAUUAUUGAAAAAAUUCAAAGUAGUGAAUGCAAAAAUAAAGAUAAAACCAUUUACAAGAAGAAUAUUGUCAACCCAAUAAUUAAAAGUAAUCUUUUUACUUAUGUUUUAAGAACAAUAAAGGAUGAAGUUUUAAAAAGAGAAAAGAAAAUAGAAAAACUUCAAGAAUCCUUGAAAAUAAUUGAAGCAAUUCGCAAAGAUAAUGAAAAAAAAUGA